AUGAGCACGACCUUGACGAGGCAAUGUCCCCACGUCGCUUGCAGCUUCACUGAGGCCACCGGCAAUGUCUCACGGCUGAUCGACCACAUCAAGGUCACACACGACCUCACCGAAAUCCCAUCCCUUCUGGCCUUGGUGCAAGUUGUCAACGUUGGUAGUGGUUCUGGUCCUCACCGCUGCGAGAAGUGCAACAAGACGUGCAGGUCUGUUCGACACCUCAAGGAUCACAUUCGAAAGUCAAAGGCGCAUGAAGACGAGUACAAGACGAGGGACACGUUUGUUUGCGUGAACUGUGACUGUGGCGGGUUUCCGAGCUGCGCACAGCUUGUGGCACAUAUCCAAAGCAACCAUCCUUCAUACCAUGAAACGGUGGUGGAUAUGCGCCAUUUCAGAACCCUGAACGCCUUCGCGGCGUGGCUGCUCGAUGAACAGGAGACGACAUAUGCGUCCUACACGAAUGAGCCAUGGACUGAUCUCAAGCGGAGGACACCAACAACCUGGGCUCGGUGUGUCGUGACGCUGCCUGAGUGUGGCCGAGUGCGGGCUGAGCUGUUCAAGGAGCACACUCAUAGCCUGAGUGUCCUUGGCAUCCCAAUACCGGAUGAGGUGAGGCUUUGGAUCCGGCCAGCACCUCGCUUGCACGGUGGCGGAAACGCCGCUGAGCCCGACAGCGCAGACCACAGAGCACCGCGCCAUAACGAGAAGCUGGGCCGCAAUCACACCCGGUGGAUGAGCAAGGAAGUGAUGGUCGUUGUUGGUGUUAGCAAACCGCAGACCCUCGACCGCAGCUACAUCAGCUCCUACGAUGUCUUGGCUUCCAACCGACCGCGGUCGCCCACAACUCAUCCCAUCGACUGUGUCACAUUCUGUGUUGGCGGUACAGGGGGUCGACAGCCUGAUAUGCUGGGCGAAGCGAGAAGCUCCAUCCAACAAACGCUGGAGUACCUUCCUCUCUCACACGUGAGCCAGCGCGACCAAGUCCCCAUUCCUCUUCCAUUCACGCCGCUGUAUCAUGCCAAUGACUCAAACAACGAUGGCACUGGUAGCGAUGAUGGUGGUGGUGGUAAUGGUAGUUUGGAUCACGGCAGCAGCGCUGUGCACGAUGGUGCGGUGUCGUCGGGAACAGCGACACCGCCAUCAGCGAUUUGCAACUCGUCGUCACAGACAUCCACGUCGCUUGCACACCUUCCGGCAUCGCUCUCCCUGCCACCUCCCCCAUCAAACGAGGACACGAAUACCACCAGCGCCAGCAUUGACAACAGCAGUGGCAACAGCGGUAGCGGUAGUGGUGGGCAUGAGGCAAACCAACUGCUGCUGUCGACGGUUGUUGGACAGGCGGAGCAGCGUCUUCCUGUUCGCUCAUAUUGGCAGACACACGACCACCUGUGGUCCUUCCACGACAUCCGCUCUGUCGUCACGUCUGACCUUGCCAUCUUUGGCGAUGGCGAGAAGCCCGUGCCGGCCAUCAGCCUGAAGCUGCGGGAGGACGGACAGUCAAUCAACGUGCUCACUGGCAUGGAUCUCUGGCUGGACAACCUCAUGUGCAACGUCCCAGAGAUUAUGAUGUGCUACCACACGAACGGUGCUGUGUCACGCUACGAGACAAUCACAACAGAGGACCUGCCCGAGAUGAGCGGGUUUGAUCCAGAGGCCGUUGUGGCCAUUGCGCAAUCCAUGAAGACCUUCCUCAACAAGAACUGCACGGAGGAAGGACACACCUACUGGCUGUACAAGGGCGAGGAUGACGACAUUGUGCGGCUGUACGACUUCACCGCCCUCAUUGAGCAAUCGCGGUCCUUGUCCACAGACCCAAACUCAAACGUGACCAACCCGUUUUCGCACUCGGUCGCGCUGCUGCUGUACAAGAUUGCCAUCCGCAUUUUGGAGGACGACCAGCCCCAGACGGACGACGAUGAUGCAACGGUGUGUCGACUCCUGGCCAACGCACGUAACCUGGUGGAGGCAGAGCGGUAUCCGAAGCUUGCAGCCGCCAUCAACCUGCACCUGAGCCAGAUGCCACCGCACGUCCUCGCCCGGCUCAACCUCGCUGAUCAUCGUGGCGAUGGCGAUGGUGGCAGUCGUGAUGGUAGUGAUGUGCAACAGCAGCAGCAGCAGCAGCAGCAGCAGCAGCAGGGGCAGCAGGGGCAGCAGGGGCAGGGGCGUAGUCGUGCUGGUGCCAGUGCUUCGUCAUCAUCAACAGCAACACCACCAACAUCUUCAUCAUCACCGCCACCGCGUCGGCCACCCGACACGGGCGCCAUCCCCAUGCCGUCUGAUGGGACCUGUUGGAGCCAGCGGUGUUGGACCUGUUGGAGCCAGCGGCAGGACGGCCACAGCCGGCAGCUGCUGGAGCUGGUGCUCACGCGCGCCGCACACCAUUACGCAACGCUGGCCAAGCUUUCGUUGCAGCGCGGGAAGUUUGGAUCCACCGUCCGCUUUUGUGACCUGUGCCUGCGGUGCCGCACCGGCGCGCGCCGAGCAAGCACGUGGUAUGACGGUGGUGACGGCGGAGGUCAAGGUGCUGAUGGGGAUGGUGACGGUGCUGAUGGGGAUGGUGAUGACAACGGAAGAGCUGGAGGCGAUGGCAGUAGUGGUGUACACAUGCGCACACUCAAACACAACACAUGUGCACAAUAA